AAAAAAAAAAGGUACAGUACUUGUGAACUGAGCUCAAAAUGAGAGUCCCUGUAAAACUCCUCAUCUACAGCUUUUGGUUGUUUUUCUUAAAUUGUUCCCAAUGUCAAGAAUGUCAUCGAGAGGACAUUAAUUAUGAAAACACAGAGCUAGCUGCGAAAGCUUCAUACGCUGAUGGUGAAGCAGUGAAAGUGAACUGCAUGACCGGUUAUACCGGCUUGUAUAGAUUAAAGUGUGAAAAAGGAGAAUGGAAGAAAUCCAUUGAGCGGUCAUGUGCAAAGAAGAAAUGUAGUAAUCCAGGCGACAUACCAAAUGGUGAUUUUAAACUUGCAGAGGGGACGGAGUUCGUUUUUGGAGCAACAUUGGUGUAUACUUGUAAGAAAGGAUAUGAAAUGGCAAGCAGAAUCAAUCAGCGUACGUGCAGAGCUCAAGGAUGGGACAAUACUGUUCCUGUCUGUGAGGCUGUAAAAUGUCCAGCUAUUCAUACAGACCGGGAUGUAACUGCAUCAGGCAACACAGAGGAGGGAAGUUAUGGCAAUGUUAUUCACUUUGAGUGUGUAUCUUCUGGCAAAAAGAUCGACGGAAGUAGUGACAUUCACUGUGAAGAGACGGGAGAAUGGAGUGACGUUGUUCCAACAUGCAAAGAUAUAACAUGCACAGCACCUGUCAUAUCAAAUGGAUAUGUUGUUGAGCAAAUGCCAGAAUACCAGAAAGAUGCCAUAUUAAAAUACAGAUGCAAUCCAGGGUUCAAGCCCAGAGAGGGAAACCCCAGAUGUGCUAAAUUUGGCUGGACUCUGAACCCAGAAUGUGAUGAAGUAACUUGUGAGCUUCAGUCAACCACAUAUGGAGUAGAAAAGAUCAACCCAGAGGGGAAAACUAUUUUCAGAGCUGGACAAAGUGUGGAGAUCACCUGCUCUAAAGAUUACUGGUUCUCUUUUACAAAAGAAACCAGCAAAACAUUUAAAUGCCAAUAUAAUGGAGAAUGGGACGAUAGGAGGACUGUUUGUCAAGAGAUUAGAUGUGAAGCUCCACGUGACUGGUAUUUGUCUAGACCAUACAAUUACUUCAGGGGAGAUAUGAAACUGGGAGCAAAAAUAUCUUACAGUUGCAGGUCUGGAUAUCGUGGAACAGCAAAAGAGGCCACAUGUACACGAGAUGGAUGGACACCAAAACCACUGUGUGCUGAAAUAAUGUGUGAAGCACCUAACAUCCCAAAUGCAGAGAUUGUGGUAGGUCAGAAAUCAAACUACAUAAUCAAUUCAAGAAUAGAAUAUAAAUGUAGUCCUGGAUUUGAACCAGAGCAGCCUGAAGGAAUUACCUGUGAUUACCGGGGCCAAUGGACAAACAUAAAGAAAUGCACUGAAAAAAAGUGUGAAGCACCUAACAUCCCAAAUGCAGAGAUUGUGGGAGGUCAGAGACCAAACUACAGAAUCAAUUCAACAAUAGAAUAUAAAUGUAGUACUGGAUUUAAACCAGUGCAGCCUGUACGAAUUACCUGUGAUUCCCAACGCCAAUGGACAGACAUACGGCAAUGCACUGAAAUAAUGUGUGAAGCACCUAACAUCCCAAAUGCAGAGAUUGUGGGAAAACAGAGAUCAAACUACAGAAUCAAUUCAAGUAUAGAAUAUAAAUGUAGUCCUGAAUUUGAACCAGAGGAGCCUGUAAAAAUCACCUGUGAUUCCCGGGGCCAGUGGACAGGCAAAAAGAACUGCACUGAAAAAAUGUGUGCACCACCUUGCAUCCCAAAUGCAGAGAUUGUGGGAAAACAGAGAUCAACCUACAGAAUCAAUUCAAGAAUAGAAUAUAAAUGUAGUACUGGAUUUGAACCAGAGCAGCCUGUACAAAUCACAUGUGAUUCCCAACGCCAAUGGACAGACAUACAGACCUGCACUGCAAUGUGUGCAGCACCUUACAUCCCAAAUGCAGAGAUUGUAGGAAGUCAGAGACCAAACUACAGAAUCAAUUCAACAAUAGAAUAUGAAUGUAGUACUGGAUUUGAACCUGAGCAGCCUGUACGAAUUCAAUGUGAUUCCCAACGCCAAUGGACAGACAUACAGACCUGCACUGUUCAAAAGCAGACAUAGACAAGACGUUCUGUCGUUGAAUGAAACACAGAGAUCUGAUGAUCCCUCAGAUGUGAAGGAAGAUGGAGAAACACGCUGAUGCAGGAGCAACUCAGACACUAACACACACACACAUACAAACACGCUUGAUACAUCAAUCUACUUGCUUAUGUUACAAAGUCAUCACUGAUUCAGAAUAAAGCUUGACAUUCAAACUUA